AUGCCCUUUUCUAUGUUUGCUUUGUCUUGGGGACGUUGGGUUGAAGGUGAACAUGGUGUUUGGAACCACAAGCCGGAUCUGCUUGGGGUGAAUUACGCCGUCAAUGUAAGUGAGCAAACUGAUUACAAGACGGAAGUGAAUGUGAACUCUUACCGGAGUAGAGGGGAGAUGGAUCUGGGAAACUUUCAACGGCCUACUUACCAGUACCCAUUGCCGAAUCAGCCCCCACAAUACGCUUACUACAUGCUCCGUUACUCAACGGCCUGUAGUAACCAUAUUGUGGGGGCUGAUUCGACACGGGUAGUGGUAAGCAGCCGUAGAAAGUCUCCCAACACACUAAUGGAGACUCCAUCUCUGCUCUUCUCCAAUAAGAGUUCACAUUCACUUCCAACUUGUAAUCAGUUUGCUCACUCACAUUGA